GCAUCUCCCUGCCUCCGCUUUUCCUUUUUCCACUUCGCGCUGGGCGGAGUCUCUUUCCCACGCCACCCGCACACCCCCCAACUGAGAAAAAAAAAAAGAAAAAAAAAAGACAAAGGUCCUCUCUCUCUCUCUCCCUCCCUUCCCCCUCCGGUUCCUGCUAGGGUUCCGGCGCCGGCGCCGCCGCUACGCCGCGCGGGAGCUCGUCCUUUGAGUCAUCAUCGAGAUUUGUUGCUUCCACUCGGUCCCGGCGGGUUAGGGUUUUCGGGGUUUCCUCUCUGACUCCCUCUCCCUUCCAUCUUCUCCUUUCUGAACUCUCGACGAGCUCUCCGUCCCAUCUCGGCUCUACUCGGGCUUCCGAAGAAUCUAGGGUUUAGGGUCUCCAGCAGUUUGGUAAUUACAAAGUUAUUCUUAAAUAUUGAGUACAUUAUCUGAUGAUGAAGGGGCUCAAACAAGCUAUGGGUUUUCCUUCUGCAUAAGAAUGAAGAGAAGGUGCUGCUUUCUUUGGCCGAAAUACUUCACAUGAAUUUACUUGCAGCCGUUCUUCUUGGGCAUAAUGGAGUGCAACAAGGAAGAGGCCAUCAGAGCCAAAGAGAUAGCUUUGAGAAAGAUGGAAGACAGAGAUUUUACAGGGGCGCAAAAGUUAGCUCUAAAAGCUCAACAGCUUUUUCCUGAUUUAGAUAAUAUUUCUCAAAUAUUAACUGUUUGUGAAGUGCAUUGCUCUGCGGGUGUUAAAGUGAAUGGGGAGAACGACUGGUACAGUAUUCUUCAAGUUGGUGCAACAGCUGACGACUUGUUGAUCAAGAAGCAGUACCGAAAGCUUGCUCUUGUACUUCACCCUGACAAGAAUAAAUUUGCUGGAGCAGAAGCCGCUUUUAAGCUUAUUGGAGAAGCGCACAUGGUUCUUUCAGAUCGAACGAAACGUAUCCUUUAUGAUAUUAAAAGAAACAGUAUCACAAAAGUUGCUGCUCCAACUAUUAGGCAGCCUCACCCAUCGAAGAGAAGCACUUCUGCGAGAAGCACUUCUAAUCCAAUGAAUCAACAGCAGCAAAAGCCGCCGCCGUCUGCUUUUUCUGGGUCCCAGACAUUCUGGACCAUGUGUCCUUCUUGUCGCAUGAGAUACCAGUACUAUCGCACUAUCUUAAAGAAGGCUCUUCGUUGCCAGAACUGUUUCAAGCCUUUUAUUGCGAAUGAGUUAAAUGACCAACACGUGCCUUCCGGGGCGAGCUCGCGGCAUGGGUUGAGUAGUAAUUCUGGAUCUUCACAAGGGCAGUUUGGUGAUUCUGCUCCCCACAGCGCAGGAUUUCGGGGGAAUGAGGGUGGGAAUAUAAACAAGGAAAAGAAAGAUGGUAUGGUAGAUGUUGAAGAUGGGGCUACUGAAAUGAACAAGAGAAAUCUGGAUGGCAAAGAUCCAACAGUAAAUAAUUCUACUAAAGCUUCUACACCAGCUGCAGGGCAGAAGAGGGGUAAAAAGGUAAUUGUAGAUUCUAGUGAUUCUGACAGCAUAGAUGAUGAGGACUUUAACAAUGGAAAAGAUGGGCCUGGAGUGAAGAACACAGAAACACCUCCUAGUCAAAAUCCACGAAGAUCAAGCAGGCUGAAACAAAAUGUAGCUUACAGUGAGGAUGCAAGUAAUCAUGAUGAUUGUGAUGAGUUUUCGUGUCCUCCAAGUGGUAAAAGAUUAAAGAAAGGUGGAGAUGGAGUUGCAAAUGGGGUCAGCAUAGAAACCAGUGGGGUUAAUGUUUCCAGCAAAAUGGACAAGAGAGAGAAAGACGAAGUGCCAAAUGGAAAUGAACAGGUGAAACAAGUGAAUGAUGGUGAUAAUAAUUUGGACAAGAAGAAACUUGGUGAGGAAGAUAAAAAUCCUCAACCUGUACCUGAUUCGGGUUCAUUUUUGUACCCUGAUCCUGAAUUCUUCGACUUUGAUAAGUACCGAGAUGUUAGCAAAUUUGCGGUCGAUCAGAUAUGGGCAGUCUAUGAUAAUCUUGAUGGUAUGCCCAGAUUCUAUGCUCGAAUUAGACAUGUAUAUGCUCCGGACUUUAAGAUCAGGUACACUUGGCUAGAACACGAACCAGCAAAUGAGGCUGAGGAGGUGUGGUCUGAUAAGGAGCUACCUGUUGGUUGCGGGACCUUCGCUCUCGGGAAGACUGAAGUAACUACAGACCGGAUGUUCUCUCAUCUCAUUUGUUGGGAGAAGGGCAAAAAGAGAAACACUUAUGAUGUAUACCCUAGAAAGGGUGAAAUUUGGGCUAUUUUUAAGGGCUGGGAUAUAAAAUGGAGUGAAGAUGCUGAGAAACAUCGGCAUUUCGAGUAUGAAGUUGUGGAAGUCCUUUCAAAUUUUACAGCUGGUGUAGGCAUUAGUGUCGUUCCACUAGUUAAGAUAAAAGGUUUUGCAAGUCUAUUCAUGCAAGCAACAGACAAAGCCUUGUAUGUAAUUCCGCCUGGUGAAAUGCUAAGGUUUUCGCACAAUGUCCCAUCCUAUAAAUUGUGCGGAACAGAAAGAGAUGGUGCUCCGGAAGGUGUUUUGGAACUCGACCUUGCUUCUCUUCCUGCCAACAUAGAGGUGGCUUUUCCUUGUGUUGAUCUUGAGAGUUGUGUAACGAAAGUAGACAAGUCAGGAAGCAAAUCCCGCAGUUCAUUUUGUAAUGAGAAUGCAGCUAAUGCUCGCAAUGCAAACGAAGAUGAUGAUUCUCCACCUGACUUCUAUGAAUACCCUGAUUCACAAUUCUACAACUUUGAUGAGAGGCGGUCGAUCGACAAGUUCGGACCUGGUCAGGUUUGGGCAUUAUACAGUGACAUAGACAAAUUGCCCAAAUACUACGGUUGGAUAACAAAAGUUGAAUUGGGGAUAAAUUUCAAAGUGCAUGUAAAAUGGCUCGAGGCUAGCCCUCAAGGAGAGGAGGAGAAUCGAUGGUUUAAACAACACUUACCUCCUGGAUGCGGAACAUUUAAAGUUGCCAAUGAGAGCAAUACUUAUGAUAAUACAGAUUCCUUCUCUCAUCUUGUUUCAGCCAAACAACUCAAUAGAAAAAACCACUAUGAGAUCCUACCUGGAGUUGGCGAGAUCUGGGCUGUCUACAAGAAUUGGAGGGUUGGAUGGGCCCUCUCGGACAUACAAGACAGCGAAUAUGGCAUAGUGGAAAUUUGCGAGCAUACUAAUACUGGCACAAAAGUGUUGUUUUUAGCAAAAGUGGAUGGUUACAUGGCUGUGUUUAUGCCGGACAGGAAAGAGGAAAGCACGAUUGAGAUAGCGAAGGGUGACUACUUGAGAUUCUCUCAUCAAAUUCCUGCAUUUCGAUUGACAAAUGAGAGAGGUGGGAAGCUUCGAGGGUAUUGGGAGCUUGAUCCUGCAUCGGUGCCAGAGAUUUUGCUAAUACCAAACUUUCAGUGAAAAAUUGCAAACCUUUGCAACUGCCUUGUAAUGGGGAACAUGUCAUCGAUGAGGAACGUAUCACUGAUGAUUCCAUCGUUUAAUUUUCAAUUUAUGUUCAUAUUCAUCUGAGUAGGUUCUAAACUUACUACACAAGAAAAAAAAAGAAGAAAGAAUCAAGUCUCUGGGCUUCUGACCCAAUGGGUGUUUCUAGGUUGUAGCAUCAAAAAGGCCAUUGCCAUUUCUAGGUUUUCGAACAUGCUUGAGGGUGCCGAUCAGAUGCUUAAUUUUGUCUGGCAAGUAUUCUUCCUACUGCUGUAGUUUAAGUACUAGCAUGAUCUAAAUCCUUGUAGCCAACUCUACUUUGGUAGCAUAGUAGCUAAUAUUUGUGGGUUCCAAACGUUGAGAUGGAUGCUAACAAUUCAUCCUUAUCGUAUUACGAUCGCAAUUAUUGCCAUUUGUUGUAUGUUGUUCA